AGUAUGAAAAGGAUGCGGUUACAUGAAACCACUUCCUGUUACGCAUUAUACAGAACAGUUUGGAAACUGUGGUUCUGAUCUAUACCUGAAGUGCCAGGUCUGCUGAAACCUGAACCUGAAAUUUGGUCAUCUCAAUGUGAUCUGUCAGGUCCAAACUAACACAGCAGCAAUAAAUAACAACAGUUCAGUGAAGACUUAUGUUUGUGACUUGAAGCAACGUCUGGUGGAAAUGCUACUGUGGUGUCUGUUGUGACCAAACUUAUUUGAUUUACUAAGCAGCCAAUCAGGUGAGGCUGGAUGAAUACGGUGAACCAAUCAAGUACCUGACAGUUUGACAUGUUUUCAAGUGUCACUGUCACUUUUGCAAGUCAACUCGGAGGAUGGAGACACAAGCCGAGAAGCUGAUGGUGUGCCUGUUAAAUAUUUCUCUGCUCUGGCCUGUAUGUGAGGCACAGUUAAAUGAAAUCUCUCAGACUGCUUCUUUCCAAGCAGUGGAGCGAGGACGCACGGUUACUAUUUCAUGUCGCAUCAAUCGUGACAUAAGAACGAGGGUAUGGUGCAAACUAAAUCCUGACAGGAGGCUCCAAAUGCUGGCUUUAACAGAUACUUUUUUUAAUAUGACAACAUAUCCAGAGCAAUCACAGCGUUACUCAGUACAGUCUGACAGAAUAAGCAGUCAUCUGACCAUUUCUGCAACAACGUGGCAUGAUGUUGGCACAUACUACUGUGGAGUGACUGACUUUAACGAACUUCAGUUCGGACAAGGAACCUUUCUGAUGAUCAAAGGUGCAAACAUGAUCAGCGAUUCUGUCGUCCAGCAGCCGGAGACUCAGUCAGUCCAGCCUGGAGGCUCUGUGACUCUCAACUGUUCUGUUCGCAUUGUCCACUGUGCAGCAGAACACACUUCUGUCACGUGGCUGAAAAGCUCUCAUCAUUCUGCCCCGCAAAUGAUUUACUCCUCUGGAAUAAAGAACCACACCUGUCAGUGGAGUGAGAGUGGAGAAACUACCUGUGUGUUUAACCUUCUCAUGAAGAACCUGAGCUCUGAUGAUGCUGGAACCUACUACUGUGUUGUGUCUUCAUGCGGACAGACACUGUUUGGAAACGGGACCGGGAUUCAUGUUCACAGAGACUCAGCCGAAUCAGCUGAUUUGAGUCCAGCUCUUAUUGCACUGAUGCUGUCAAACAUCCUUCUCGGGAUGGUGACACUUCUACUUGUAUGGACUCUCUGCAAGAAACAAAAGAAAGAUCCCACAGCAGCAUCAAGAUCCAGCAAUGAAUCUCUUGAAGGCAGCCAAACUGGAGAUGGUGUUGUCUAUGCAUCAGUGUAUUCAGGGCCUCGUCCUGGCCCCAGAGCUUCCUCCUGCAGACCAGCUCCGGUGAAAUACAAUCCAGACAUGUUAGUUUAUUCUCAUGUCAGGUACAAGCAACAGGACUGACAGAAUAAUGCAGUGCAGAAGAAGAGUUACUAGUGGAUGGGACAUCAUUUUCAUGCGUGCUGCACAGGAGAGAAUCUCUCUAAUUCUCCCUCACCGUGGAUGGCAUACUUUUCUUUUUUUUUCCCAGAAAUUACUUGUUGAAUAAAAAUGUGUGUUAUAAAGAGAUGCUUUUAUUUUUUUUGAAAUGUAUUUCUUUCCUUGUGCAUUACACUGUACUUUCAUCAUCACUUGAGAUAACUCACAAAAGACUUGCGUAAAGCAAAUGACUCAUUUUGGACAAAUAUGAACAGUGAGUGUCUGACAGCAUCAGUAUUAUAUAAUAAUUAUUAUAAUAAUGGUUUGUGUUAUUUGUGUUUGAAUGAAUUUGUGUGGUGUUAGACUUCAGCUUAUUUACCUGAAUAGCUCCUUGUGAGUCAGGCCAUUUAUUAAUAUGAAUAGUUGAUUAUCUUCUCAGCUUCACAUUUCAAUGUUGUGCUUUUAUUGAAAUAAAUAAAAAUAAACAA